UGUCAAAUCAUAACCUAACAAAUGAUAUAAACAAAGUAUUUAGAAUUUAAAAAAUGGAUCCCAUAGUGCUUUUUGAUGGAUAUUCUAAAAUUGAAAACGGAAAUUACUACGCCAACUGUUCUUGCGUUUUAAUCAAGGGCCCACCAAAUGUAAUUGUAGACACCAUGACUGCUUGGGAUGGAGAUAAACUAGUAAAAGCGUUAAACAAAGAAUCGUUUGCUCCUGACGAUAUAAAUUAUGUGGUUUGCACACAUGGGCAUUCCGAUCAUAUAGGAUGUAAUUAUUUGUUUCAAAAAGCAAUACAUAUCGUAGGUCAUAGUAUUUCAUAUAAAAACAAAUACGAAAUUGAUCACGACUUCAAGAGCAGCUACGAAUAUAUUAUAAACGAUAGAAUUAAAGUUUCUCCUACUCCUGGCCAUACUUUACAGGAUGUUAGUGUAAUAGUGAACUCAUCUAGGGGAGUAACGGCAAUCACAGGAGAUUUAUUUGAGAAAUUUGAGGACUUAACAGAUGAUAAUAUAUGGAAGGAGGCGGGAAGUGAUUCUGAGGAGUUGCAGAGGAUUAAUAGACAGAAAAUCUUGAUAUUGUCUGAUUUUAUAAUUCCAGGACAUGGACCUAUGUUUAAAGUUCCACAAAGAUUUAAGAACCCAGGAUAAAAAGUUAAUUACAUGAUUUAUGUGUACAGGAAAAAAAUUUCCCCAUUUGCUUACUCUGUAAAAUCAAUUAUUUGUUGGGUAUUUGCAAUUUUUUUUGACUAGACUAAUUUUUUAUAGACAUUAUUUGAAAUAUGUUGCGCAGUUUAACAGAUAUUUAUUAAAGAAAAUCAACCUUGUUGAACUAGAAGUUUGCUAAAUUCAGUGACUGUUAAUAAUUUUGCUGAAGAUGUAAAAAAUAAAUAGAUUAUUUACAAGGAAUUUGUUUAUAAAACUUUUAGGUAACUCUUGCUUGUU